CUUAGCCAACCAAGCAGGCCUUCGAGGAGAUACAAGCAAAGGGCACACGACAGAAGCGUCAGAUUUCUCCUUCGGCACAUUGCUUCAAAUCAACAGCUUGCUUCCAUCGGCAGGAUUGGAUUGAUUCUCGCCAUCUCUAGCCACCAUCACAAAAGGGCGUCCCCAAACUCCUGACACAUAACCCACAAGGCCCAUUUCAGCCCGCGCAGCAGCUGUCAGCUCCCUGGCCCGAUCGCCGAGAUAGGGAGAGAAAGAAAGCGCCUCGACAUCACGACCGAGCGCCCGCAGCCUUACGACCUGCAAGUAACUUUCCAACACUUUGCUGGCACGUCCUUCAUCGCCUUGCUAUCCGGCGACGACCUGCGCGACCUGCGACGAGUCUUUAGCGUCUCAUCUGCGACCAUUGCUUGACCGGGCCCGAAUCUCAGGAUAAUCCCCGAGCCAGCCCUACCUCCCUUUCCCUUUAACGAUAUACCCACGACACCAUCUCGACAUCAGACACAAUGUCAGCAGCGGCAGGAGGUCUUACCCGACGCCGUGGAGGCGGAGGUGCCGCGGCCGGUGAUGGUGAGGCCAGCAAUGGCGCCAGCCGGACCAACUCAACGCCCAACAUCAAGGAUAGCGCCCCCGAGACGAGCUACGAGAGCGGCGAGAACGGCCACAAGAUCGCCUUCGACCCCCGCGAUAUCAGCGAGAGCGCCGAGCGCAGCAAACAACCCAAGCUGACGUUGAUGGAGGAGGUUCUGCUCCUCGGUCUCAAGGACAAGCAGGGCUACCUGUCAUUCUGGAACGACAACAUCUCAUAUGCUCUGAGAGGAUGCAUCGUCAUCGAACUCGCAUUCCGCGGUCGCAUCAGCAUGCAGAAGGAUGCCUCGAGAAGACGCUUCCCCCUCGCGGACCGCGUCAUUGAGGUUAUCGACGACACCCUGACAGGCGAGGUCUUGCUCGAUGAGGCAUUGAAGAUGAUGAAGCAGAGCGAGAAGAUGAGUGUCAGCUCUUGGAUCGAUUUGAUGAGCGGAGAGACCUGGAACCUGAUGAAGAUCGGAUACCAAUUAAAGCAGGUUCGCGAGCGCCUGGCCAAGGGUCUAGUCGACAAGGGCAUCCUCCGUACCGAGAAGCGCAACUUCCUGCUGUUCGAUAUGGCCACUCACCCCGUCGCCGACGGAGGUGCCAAGGAGGAGAUUCGCCGCCGCGUCCGCAACGUUUUGACCCAGCGUACUGUCGUCCUCCCCGCAUCUCAGUUCCUGCCCGAGAACCUCGAAUUCCGUUACGUCCGUACUCUGGCCAUGGUGUGCGCCGCCUACGCUGCCAACGUGCUCGAGAACGCCCUAAGCACCCUCGGCCACGAGGCCCGCGAGCGCGCCUUUGCCCAGACAGACGAGCUUCUCGCCGACUACAGCCAAUGGCCUUUUGGAAAGAAGGCUACCGGCAACGGUAUCGGUGCCAACCUGCCUCAAGUCAUCGCAGAUGAAAUCAGCAAGGGCAAGGAUAAGGAGCUGCAACUCGAAGUUGUGGCUGCCUGUCUUAGUGUCUUCACCCGUCUCGAUUCCCUCUUGUAAACCUAAUCGACCUCGACAUCCUCGAAACCGAUUAUUCCGCUGCCUCGACUUUGUACAGGGCAGAGAGCACUGAGCGAGUUUCAGGAACACGACUCCCCCAUUUCUCAAUCCCAUUCAUAACCUAGACACAUCGAAACGCCCCGGCAUUGAGCUCUCCCGACCUUCACCAAAUUCGAACCCUCACGAGAAAUGAUAAAAUAAAGCAACAGGGGAAAGCGACUUUCUUAUGCUCCCCAUUAAACCAAAAAAUGUGCAGCAUAUAAGGUGGCCGUAGGGGAGCAGGAUAUUGGGUUCGCAAACUUGGGGGCAAAAUAUCAUGAAAGGGCGCUAUAUCCUUCUUUUUGCCUCAUAGGGGAGGAUUCGGUUUCCAGCAAGGGAAAAAAUGAAGGAUGAUGGGACGGCGAAAAAUACACACGCGUGUAGUUGGUUGGGUUUCAACUACUUUUUUCUACCGUAAGCGAUCGUUUUAAUGCAGAACACACUCAGUCCACGUCCCGAGAAACGAGAGCGAAGAGGGAAAAUGAGUGUGAGAGAUAUCAGUUUGAAAGAUCUUCGUGGGCUUGUUCUACCGUCUCCUUGCCUUGCGUUGUUGAUCUAGCUGAGAUGUGCAUGAUAUGGCCAUACAUCAUAUAUCCGGCCAGCGUUGGUGAGAGCUUGAAUCGAAGUCUUCCUUCCCUAUCAGGCGUACCAACGUCGUGGCGAUAGCAUCGGCAACACUCACUAUCCUCUGCACUGAUAUACGGUAGCGGAAGUUCACGAAGCGAUGGUAGACAAUCAUGACAUGGC